CGUCAGACUAGAGAAGACGUCUCUUUAGAGUGGGACAUCUUCUGCCGGUGUUCUGUGGUCUGAUUUCUCAUUGCAGAGUUUCCAUCAGGCCUUGCCCUCAUCCCGAAGUGUGUUCACAAGAGUCGCAGCCCUGCAUUUCAAACCAGAAGACGAGUAUUUCGCCAUGAACUCUGACAUGGAUGGUGACAUUGAAAACCAGGUGGAGUUAGAGGAGAAGACCAGACUUAUAAACCAGGUCCUUGAGUUGCAAAAUACUCUUGAGGAUCUCUCAGCUCGGGUGGACGCAGUAAAAGAAGAAAAUCUGAAGUUAAAAUCAGAGAAUCAGGUUCUUGGGCAGUACAUUGAGAACCUCAUGUCGGCAUCUAGCGUGUUUCAGACCACUGACUCCAAGAGCAAACGGAAGUAAGAGGGCAUCCUCUCUCCCAGAAUCCCUCGUGAAGACGCCAUCCCCACGCAGAUAAACCGUUGCUCAUUUAAACGUUUUUGUUCCUUAUGCCACUAAAAUUAUAAGUGUUUACAUUUAUUUUAUUUAUCAGUAUUAAUGUUCUUUAACGUUUCAUCUUCAAUUUUAUUAAACAUAUUACAUACUAAAUCAUUUCACAAAGAUAUUAACUUGUUAAACUAAAGGCCCGUUCACACCAAGCACGAUAACUAUAAAGAUAACGAUAAAGAUAUAGUUCUAAAAAUCGUUCUCAAUAUUAAAAGAUUAGCAGAGUCCACACUUCAACUAUAACGAUAAAGGCAU